AUGGACAGUUCUCGGAAGCGGAACCUCGACGAGGAGGAAGACAAGGAGUCUGGAAUCCUCUCAUCGCUAUCGCGUCCCAUUAGUCCUCCGCGCAAACGGAUUCGUCAAGGACAAACCCAGAAAUCACCAUGGCAACUCACUCGAAUUCGGGAUCUGCCAGAAGAACUGAAUAAGGACACAGUUAGGCUUCGGGACAUCCUGGGCGACCCUCUGAUCACCGAGUGCUGGCAGUUCAAUUUUCUUCACGACAUUCCCUUCGUGCUGAGUGCCUUUGAUGAGAUGGUGAGGAAUAGAGUCCAAUUACACGUGGUUCACGGAUUCUGGAAAAAGAGUGACGCGAGCCGUGCUGCACUUUCGGACAGCGCAGCUCAGUUUCACAACGUUCAUCUACAUUGCGCGCCCAUGUCCGAGAUGUUUGGCACUCACCACUCCAAGAUGAUGGUCAUCUUUCGCUCCGACGACACCGCACAAGUCGUUAUUCACACAGCCAAUAUGAUUCCCAGGGACUGGACCAACAUGACUAAUGGCGUGUGGAAAUCCCCGAAGCUGCCCAGGCUGCGAGAGUCAGAAAAUACCCUGUUACAGCAAGGACAGCAGCUUCCAAUUGGUAGCGGCACGAGGUUCAAAGUAGACUUGCUGGCUUACUUGAAAGAGUAUGAGUUGUACAGACCUACUUGCAAACAACUGGUAGAUCGUCUCGUCGGCUUCGACUUCUCAAGUAUACGGGCAGCCUUCAUCGCUAGUGUUCCGGGCAGGCACAACUUUCGUAAUGAUAGCAAGCCAGCCUGGGGUUGGGCCGCAUUGCAGAGAUGCUUACGAUGUGUGCCGGUUGAGCGUGGACAGUCGCAAAUCGUGGUUCAGAUAUCUUCCAUUGCGACCCUUGGUGCCAAGGAUGAUUGGCUGCAGAACACCUUGUUCAAGUCGCUAGCCACAUCCCUGACGCCGAACACGAAGAGACCCAGCUUCAAGGUCGUCUUCCCCACGGCAGAGGAGAUUCGAAAGUCGUUAGAUGGCUACGCUUCGGGGCAUUCAAUCCACACCAAGAUACAGUCGCCGCAGCAGAUUCGGCAGCUGAGCUAUCUCCGGCCAAUAUUACACCAUUGGGCCAACGACAGCGCAUGCGGAGCAAAGCUUCCUGCAGAAUCGCCAAUCAGCGGCGAUGGCGGGCGAAACCGAGCGGCCCCGCACAUCAAGACGUAUAUACGCUUCAACGAAAGCAACACGAUCGACUGGGCCAUGCUAACGUCGGCAAACCUGUCGAAGCAAGCGUGGGGGGAAGCUCUAAAUUCCGCCACAGGAAAUGUUCGAAUCGCUUCGUGGGAGGUUGGUGUGCUGGUGUGGCCGGGGCUGCUCUGUGAAGACGGGGUCAUGGUGACCUCGUUCCACAAGGUACCUCCUCCCUGUCGGGCUAGUACCUCCAUUAGCUUGCCUGCAGACGAUUAUAUCACCAUGAGUCCCGCUGCCAGUGGCAGCCCCGGGCCCUCUGGCCACGAUCACCCGGCCUUUCCGCCUUCGUUUCGUUCUGGGUCUCCUCUUGCCGGCCAGGUUCUGGCGCAGGAUAUUGCAGAAUGUACCGAUGACGACUUCGAUCCCGCCGACGACCAGAUCGACGCCGAGCAUGGCCAUCACUUCAUGUACCGCCGGCCCAGCGGCGUGGCCUACGGCGCAGCGCGGCCUGCCUUCAACCCAAACGGCCUGGACGAGCCCAUCUUGACUCCACUAGAGCGAAAGCAAUCUCGCGAUGCCGAGCGCAGCCUCCUGCGGGAUAACCACGUCCUGCCACCGAAACAUGCCAACAAGAGCCAGUCGAUUCCCGCUCGAAUCUACCGAAAGAUGUUCAGCACCAAAGUGCCUGUUGAGGAGUACGAGAACGAGUCAGAAGAUGAUGCGCCGCUGCUCUCCCGGGACGACGACCUCGACUAUGGCACACGAUCCCGCCGACAGCGACCCGCUCCCGCGGGCGACGAUGAUGUGGACGAGCAGUGGGAGGAGGCCAUCACGACGGGACGCAUUCGCACGACGUGGCAGCGCGAGGCCAAGACGGUUCUGUCAUACUGCGGGCCCCUGAUUGUCACCUUUUUCCUCCAAUACUCGAUCAACGUGGCCGGCAUCUUUGCCGUUGGUCGCAUCGGAACCAUAGAGCUGGGAGCUAUAUCAUUGGCCAACAUGUCACAAGCCAUCUCCUGCUUGGCUCCCUUCCAGGGCCUGGCUACGAGUCUGGAUACUCUCUGCGCCCAGGCUUACGGGUCUGGCCACAAGCACCUGGUCGGCUUGCAGUGCCAGCGCAUGGCAUGCUUCCUCCUGACCCUCUCGGUGCCCGUCAUCCUGCUGUGGCUAUUCGGGGCCGAGCCAAUCUUGCAGCGCAUGGUGCCUAACCCGGAGUCUGCUCGCCUUGCCGCCCUCUACCUCCGGGUCAUGAUCUUUGCCAUCCCGGGCGUCAUCCUGUUUGAGUGCGGCAAGCGCUUCACUCAAUCGCAGGGCCUCUUCAAGGCCACGACGUACGUCCUCCUCUUCGCCGCUCCCUUCAACGUCUUCCUCACCUGGUUGCUCGUCUGGAAGCUGGAGUACGGCUUCGUGGGCGCGCCCAUUGCCGUGGCCAUUACGGAGAACAUCCUGCCGGUCCUUCUCUUUUGCUAUGUCCGCUUCGUCAACGGCCGCGAAUGCUGGGGCGGUUUCAGCAAGCGAGCGCUCAGCAACUGGUGGGUCAUGAUUCGGCUGGCGCUGCCGGGCAUGAUCAUGGUCGAAGCCGAGUGGCUUGCUUUUGAGAUCCUGACGCUCCUGGCCAGCCGCUUCGGAUCGGAUUACCUCGCGGCCCAGAGCGUCGUUUCGACGAUUGCAUCCAUCUCGUACCAGAUCCCCUUUCCCAUGUCCAUUGCCGCGUCGACGCGUGUGGCCAACUUGAUUGGAGCUGGCCUGGUCGACGCAGCCAGAGUGACUGGCAAAGUGACAUUUGUGACGCAUUGUAUCCUCGGACUGCUCAACUUUACCAUCUACAGCACUCUUCGAUACCACCUGCCGCUGCUCUUCACGGACGACGAUGGGGUGAUUUCCAUCGUGGCCAGCGUUCUGCCCGUUGUCGCCGUUAUGCAGGUGUUUGACUGCCUGAGUGCCGGCGCGCACGGAUUGCUGCGUGGCAUUGGCAAGCAGAGCAUCGGCGGGCCAGUCAACCUUAUCUCGUACUAUGCCGUCUCGCUACCGAUUUCUCUGGCGCUGGCCUUUGGGGCCAACUGGAAGCUGCAAGGCCUGUGGGCUGGUGUCAGCGUCGGCCUAUUCUUGGUCUCCUCCAUCGAAUAUACUUACCUGCUUAAGACAGACUGGCACUCAGCAGCCCGAGAGGCUGCCGCCAGAAAUGCAGCGGGCUAG